AUGGUUCUGCUAAAGAUGAAGUUCCCCUUCCAGAAACGCGUGCGGAUGGCUCAGGCCCUCUGGUUAUUAUCCUGGCUGGCUGUCCUUGGAGGGACCUUCACGUUUUCCUUGGGGAUCUUUUUGAAGACCGAACUACACAAGAGAGCUGAGGUGAUGGACAACACAGAGAUCCACGCCGUACCCAACACCUUGAUGGCCGGUCUGGCCUCCCUGGGCAUCAACUUUUUUGCCGGGAAGAUCUGCCAAGACUCCCUGGACGUGGCCCGCUUCCCACGCUGGAAGACGUUCAUGCAGCCCUUCUACCUGCUCUCCGGCUUCUUCACCCUCCUCAUGCUGCUGGCGGUGAUCAUGAGCUACGCCAUGAAGGGCAACCUGGAGGACUCGCUGAAGAUCGGGCUGAAGAACGGCAUCCGCUUCUACAAGGACACGGACACGCCCGGCCGCUGCUCCCAGAAGGAGACCAUCGACCACCUGCAGAUGGAGUUCCGCUGCUGCGGGAACACCAACUACAGGGAUUGGUUCGAGGUCCAGUGGAUCAGCAACCGCUACCUGGAUUUCACCUCCAAAGAAGUCAAGGACCGCAUCAGGAGCAAUGUCGACGGGCGCUACCUGGUGGACGGGGUCCCCUUCAGCUGCUGCAACCCCAGCUCCCCCCGGCCCUGCAUCCAGUACCGACUGACCAACAACACUGCCCACUACAACUACGAGUACCAGACCGAGGAGCUCAACUUGUACAACCGCGGCUGCCGCCAGGCCCUGGUCAACUACUACAUGGGCCUGAUGAACACCAUCGGGGCCGGGGUGCUGUCUGUCUUCCUGCUGCAGAUGACCGUGCUGGUGAGCCUGCGAUACCUGCAGACUGCUAUGGAGGCGGGUGGGCAGGAGAACACAGAAAUCGACGAGGGGUAUCUCCUGGAGAAGAGCGUGAAGGAAACGGUGAAAGAGUUCACGGACUCCGUGCUCAAGUUCUUCCAGCUCUCCCAGGUGGAUGCAGCACCAGCGGAGGGGGAGAAGGCCGCCACGCCUGCUAGCUAA